GGUGUGCACAGGCACACCCUAAUCACCGUGGCCGCGGCCCGCUGCUGCAGGACUCUUUUUUUUUCGCCGACAUCAACAGCCCGACCCCCCACCCACACACCACCCCCCGCACACAUUAUCCCUACACUGACUGACCUUACAUGCCGCCCGGGGCCGCUUUAAGAGCGCGGGGGCUGAUGGGUCAGGCGUCAGUGCGCACGGCUGCACAUUACGUCAUGACGCACGCGCGCACUGUUUCUGGAGAGCCCGCACAGGAGAGGCCCGCUGCCAGGGCAAGGACAGGAGAAGCCCGGGCCCCCAGCUCUGGAGUCUGGGCUGCUGGAGAGGGCAGCUAAGGAGAGAGAGGCCUGCAGCAGCAGCAAGUGCCGUUAUCUACAUUUUUUUUUUACUAUUAAUUCAAACCUAUCUCCAAUAAACACCAUAAUGGACAUCAAUGAGAAAAAAAUUGACAUUGUCCAUUAUAGAUGUGGUCCUUCAACCACUACACAAGUUCCUGAUGCUCUUAUCAGGUCAGAAGGGGAAUCCUUAUCCAUUAAAGCUAGGCAGAAAAAAGUGCGGGAAACCCUUCAAAAAUUAAAUAUUAGUAUCCAAAAGGAUGAAGAGCCUCCUGUAAUUGCCAUUUUAGGAUCUGGUGGUGGACUUCGUGCUAUGGUUGGUUUUCUUGGUGUGCUUGCUGAACUGGCCAAAGAAGAUAUUUUAGAUGCUAUUACAUAUAUUUGUGGCACCUCUGGAGCAACCUGGUGCAUGUCAUCCCUCUAUAAUAAUGACAAGUGGUCAUCAUGCAUGGAAGAGAUGGAGUCUCAGAUAGCUGAUCGUCUCUUAAAUCCCGCAAGGAACUGGAAGAAAGCAUGGGAGAAACUAAAACAGACUUUCUCUACUGAAAUGUAUUCACUGACGAAUUUUUGGGCAUAUGUGUUUAUUCAUAAAGUCAUAAAUGAAAUUAAUGAAAAAUCUUUGUCCAACCACAAGGCGUCAUGUGAAAGUGGAGAAAAUCCUUAUCCGGUCUACUCUGCUGUGGAAAAAGACUCUUUAAAUUCAAAUCAGGCAGGUGUCUGGUUCGAGUUCACACCACACCUGACUGGAUUUCCGGCAUACAAAGCAUUUGUCAAAACUGAGCAUUUUGGCAGUCAGUUUAGAGAAGGGAAAUUGGUGAAGAAUCAUCCUGAGAGUGACCUCUGUUAUCUCCAAGGACUGUGGGGCAGUGCACUGGCAACUGAUAAUAUAAUCAAAGAUAUCAUCAAAGACAAAAUUCUAAAACUUUUCCCAAAUAUUAAAGAUAAUGAGUCCUUCAAUGAAGCUUCUCUACAAGGUAUUGGAGAAUUACUGGAUCCAGAGGGAAUCUGCUUCUGCGAUGGAUGCAAAAAAUUGGGGGCCUUCCUCUCAAGCCAUGAUCUAGUUGAGAUGACUGAUGCAGACAUGGAAACGCUGUUUAAGGACUUUGAAAACAUCUUACAUGUAGCCAAGGCAAAUGAGUCUGAUCAAACAACAAUGAACAAGCUUGUUGGUAGUUGUGAGAAGGUGAAUUUGAUGCUGACUAUACUAAAUUGUCUCGUCCAUUGGCAAUGGGGGACCACUAAUAACUUUCUCUAUGAAUUGAACAGUGAUAUCCCUGAAGACAUCUGCAAGAAAGAGUUCUUAUCUCUAGUGGAUGCUGGACUUGAAAUAAAUACUGCAUACCCGUUAAUGUUACCACCGAAUCGCAAAGUGGAUCUUAUUUUGUCUUUUGACUACAGCGAAUGCGAUCCAUUUAUGACAUUGCAACUCACAGAGAAAUAUUGCAAAACGAAUGGAAUCGCCUUUCCCCAAAUGAACAUAGAUGUCUCAGAAACUGAGGCGCCAUCUCAAAGUUGCUAUGUGUUUGAAGGAAAUGACCAAGGGGCUCCUGUUGUGAUGCAUUUUCCUCUUUUCAACAACCAGAGCUGUGAAGGUAAAGUCCAAGAACUUAGGAAGACGUAUCGCACCUUCAAUCUUUCCUAUGAGGAAUCAGAGCUCAGAGAGCUUUUGAAGAUAUCAAAACUAAAUGUGAAGCUGAAUAAAGAUCGGAUACUUCAACAAGUUCAGAAAAUUUUGAAGUGUAAAUCAUCCAUCUGAAAUCCAUCUGUUUCUUUAAAGUGUAACAACAAUGUUGUUGCGGCAGCAGGAUACACUUUUAGGGUCUAUUCACAAGUAGAGUAUCCUGGACAUAUUUCAUCUGUAGCAUUUGAAGCUACAGAUUUAAUGCUGCAGAGUUUAAUGUAAACUAAAUGAUUAACCACAAAUUCAAAUCUGCAGUUUCAAAUCCUGUGCAUCAAAUAUGUACAGGAUACUGUACGUGUGAAUAUACCCUUAAAACUCACAGCAACUCCAUAGCCAGUGAAGUCCUAUGUAAGUCUAUCUGUGAUGUCUUGCUUUGGUAGCACGCGUUGUAGUUGCAGGGAGUUUCAAAAAUGUAUCCUGCCGCCGCAACAUUGCUGUUACACUUUGUUUGCUCCUUUCCUUUAUAUUGUUAUAACUACCAAAUUUAGUAAAGUAAACUAAACAUGGGAUCUGUAUACCAUAUAAGUGAUUAUAUACAGGACCAUAUAGAGGUAGAUACCAGCUGUGCAUGGGAUCUGUAUACCACAUAAGUGAUUAUAUACAGGACUAUAUAGAGGUAGAUACCAGCUGUAAACAGGAUCGAUCUGUACACCAUAUUAGUGAUUUAUAAACAGGACUAUAUAGAGGUAGAUACCAGCUGUACACAAGAUUUGUAUACCAUAUAGGUGAUUAUAUACAGGACCAUAUAGAGGUAGAUACCAGCUGUGCAUGGGAUCUGUAUACCACAUAAGUGAUUAUAUACAGGACUAUAUAGAGGUAGAUACCAGCUGUAAACAGGAUCGAUCUGUACACCAUAUUAGUGAUUUAUAAACAGGACUAUAUAGAGGUAGAUACCAGCUGUACACAAGAUUUGUAUACCAUAUAGGUGAUUAUAUACAGGACCAUAUAGAGGUAGAUACCAGCUGUGCAUGGGAUCUGUAUACCACAUAAGUGAUUAUAUACAGGACUAUAUAGAGGUAGAUACCAGCUGUAUACAGGAUCGAUCUGUACACCAUAUUAGUGAUUUAUAAACAGGACUAUAUAGAGGUAGAUACCAGCUGUACACAAGAUUUGUAUACCAUAUAGGUGAUUAUAUACAGGACCAUAUAGAGGUAGAUACCAGCUGUGCAUGGGAUCUGUAUACCACAUAAGUGAUUAUAUACAGGACUAUAUAGAGGUAGAUACCAACUGUAUACAGUAUCGAUCUGUAUACCAUAUUAGUGAUUAUAUACAUGACAAUAUAGAGGUAGAUACCAGCUGUAUACAGGAUUGAUCUGUAUACCAUAUUAGUGAUUAUAUACAGGACCAUAUAGAGGUAGAUACCAGCUGUACACAAGAUUUGUAUACCAUAUGAGUGAUUUAUAUACAGGACCCUAUAGAGGAUGAUGCCCACUGAACAUGGGUUCUGUAUAGCAUAAAAGUUAUUAUAUACAGGACAGUAUAGAGGUAGAUACCAGCUGUACACAGGAUCACUAUGGCAUACAUUACAGUUACAUCAAAGGUCUUUUCUGAUUGGUGGCGUCCUCCUUCCUUGUCUUCUCCCUCUGCAUCAGACGCCACAUCGACUUCUUCCAGCCAAAACUCAUCUCUUAAAAUCUGCACAACAAAAUGUUACAAUCUGCAUUUUUCCAGUGCCCUUCCAACCUCUACACAAUCUCCCUAUCUAUAGGCCCUAGACUGUAAUAAUGCCCUCCAAGGUGUUCUGCACAGAAAAAAGGCAGGAAGAGAGGUAGCCAGGUAUGUGGCUAAAAAACUAGUUAGGUAGAUAGAUAAGUAAAUAGCCAGGUAGGUAGGUAGCUAGAUAGGUAGCUAAAUAUGUAGGCAGGUAAGUAAUUAGGUUUUUAGGUAGCCAUAUGUGUCGGUAUACAGGUAGCUAGCUAGGUAGUUAGAUGUAGGUCAGGUAUGAAAGCAGUUAGUAAUCCAGGUAUGUAGGUAGGAGGGCAGGUAUGACAGUAGGUAGUUAGGCAGCCAGGUAUGUUGGUCAUAUAUGAGAUAGUUAGAUAGCCAAAUAUGUAGGUGAGUAGAACCCCUCCCCCUUUAUUUCAGGUUUAAAAAAAAGUUUUAAAAAAAAAAGAGACACUCACUUGACCCGGGUCACGGGUCUCAACUCGAGUGUUGGCAACAGAUGUAGCUCACACAGAAAGGAUGCUUUCAGAUAUAUAGGAAUGAGCCAUGCAGACAGCUGAAAGCAGCGCUCGUCUGCCUGGGGAUUCGGGACAAGUCUGAACAGACUGGCAGGUCACUCCACACAUGCAUCUAAAACACCCUCCGUAAACAUUCCAUUGAUUUUAGUGGUGUAUAUGAAUUGUAUUUCACUUUGUAAACUGCAGUAAGAAUUUUUUCUGUGCAGAAAAUGCAUCGGGAAAAAAGGCUUGGGUUGGCCCUAUUGAAUGGGGCUAAUUCACAUCCAAAACCACAACAAAAUGCAAGGCAAAAUAAUUAAAUACAUGGUAAUAAAGAAAAUAAUCAAAUAGGGACAUUGCCUAAUGCUGAACAAAUGGUGGAAUACAUUUUUGCCUAGCGUUUCUUUAUAAUUUCAACUCUUGUGGCAACAUCAUUUUUUAAACCAAGAAAGUAUUUCAAUAAUUGUCAUUUUAUCUUAUGGCUUAAUAAAAGUUUAUCAACUUCA